ACAUUUGAAAUCAAGCAACCAAAGUGAAAGCACAUAAAACAAGCAAAGAAAAUAAGAAAACUGUCAGUUGAAAAAAAGUGAACAGAAAACUAACUAAAAAUUAAAUAAGUAAAAGUAAACACCUUUCAUAAGAAAGUGCAAUCAAAUAAUCUACGGAGAUCCAUUACAAAAGCGACAAAAACAAACAAAAAUGCCAGCCAUUGGAAUCGAUCUGGGCACCACGUACUCCUGCGUGGGUGUCUUCCAGCAUGGAAAGGUUGAGAUCAUCGCCAACGACCAGGGCAACCGCACCACGCCAUCGUACGUGGCCUUCACGGACUCUGAGCGACUGAUUGGAGACGCCGCCAAGAACCAGGUGGCCAUGAAUCCCAGGAACUCGGUCUUCGAUGCCAAGCGUCUGAUUGGACGUCGCUUUGACGACCCCAAGAUCCAGGAGGACAUGAAGCACUGGCCCUUCCGUGUGGUUAGCGACAACGGCAAGCCCAAGAUGAGCGUGGAGUUCAAGGGCGAGGAGAAGCGCUUCGCCCCGGAGGAGAUCAGCUCGAUGGUGCUCACCAAGAUGAAGGAGACUGCGGAGGCGUAUCUGGGCACAACGGUCAAGGAUGCGGUCAUCACAGUGCCCGCCUACUUCAACGACUCCCAGCGCCAGGCAACCAAGGAUGCCGGCGCCAUCGCUGGCCUCAAUGUGCUCCGCAUCAUCAACGAGCCCACUGCGGCGGCACUGGCCUACGGACUGGAUAAGAAUCUUAAGGGAGAGCGCAAUGUGCUCAUCUUCGAUCUGGGCGGUGGAACUUUUGACGUCUCUAUUCUCACCAUAGACGAGGGUUCCCUUUUCGAGGUGCGCUCCACUGCCGGAGACACCCAUCUCGGAGGCGAGGACUUCGACAACAGGCUGGUUAACCACUUGGCCGAGGAGUUCAAGCGCAAGUACAAGAAGGAUCUGCGCUCCAAUCCACGAGCACUUCGUCGCCUUCGCACAGCCGCCGAGCGGGCCAAGCGAACCCUCUCCUCCAGCACAGAGGCUUCGCUGGAGAUCGACGCCCUAUUCGAGGGCCACGACUUCUAUUCCAAGGUGAGCCGGGCCAGAUUCGAAGAGCUGUGCGGUGACCUGUUCCGCAACACGCUGCAGCCGGUGGAGAAGGCACUCAACGACGCCAAGAUGGACAAGGGCCAAAUCCACGACAUUGUCCUGGUGGGAGGCUCAACGCGCAUUCCCAAGGUUCAGAGCCUGCUGCAGAGUUUCUUUGGCGGCAAGACCCUUAACUUGUCCAUCAAUCCGGACGAGGCGGUUGCCUAUGGAGCCGCCAUCCAGGCGGCCAUCCUGUCGGGCGACGAGAGCAGUCAGAUUAAGGACGUCCUCCUGGUGGAUGUGGCCCCACUCUCGUUGGGCAUUGAGACCGCCGGCGGGGUGAUGACCAAGCUGAUUGAGCGCAACAGCCGCAUCCCAUGCAAGCAGUCCAAGACCUUCACCACCUACGCGGACAACCAGCCGGCGGUGACCAUCCAGGUGUUCGAGGGCGAACGUGCUCUAACCAAGGACAACAACGUGCUGGGCACCUUCAACCUGACGGGCAUUCCGCCCGCUCCCAGGGGAGUGCCCAAGAUCGAUGUCACCUUUGACCUCGAUGCUAAUGGUAUCCUGAAUGUGACCGCCAAGGAGCAGGGCACUGGAAAUGCCAAGAACAUCACCAUCAAGAACGACAAGGGACGUCUCUCCCAAGCGGAUAUCGAUCGCAUGCUCAGCGAGGCGGAGAAGUACGCCGAAGAGGAUGAGCGUCAUCGCCAGCGGAUCGCCGCCCGCAACCAACUGGAGAGCUAUGUGUUCAGUGUGAAGGAGGCUGCCGAGCAGGGUGGCGAUCGCAUCAGUGCGUCGGACAAGAGCAGUGUCCUGGAGCGCUGCAGCGAGACGGUGAAGUGGCUGGACGGCAACACCACCGCCGAGAAGGAGGAGUACGAGCACAAGCUGCAGGAGCUGACCCAGUUCUGCAGCCCCAUCAUGACCAAGAUGCACCAGCAGGCAGGCGGAGAUGGGCGCCAGCAGGCUCCCAAUUGUGGACAGCAGGCGGGCGGCUACAAGGGGCCCACCGUCGAGGAGGUGGACUAAGUCACUUAGUAGUCCCACUUAGAUGUUCCACUAAUGUAGAUCUCAUAACCAAAUAUCCUCCUGAACGAAUACUAAGAUAUAUUUAACUAGAAUAUGCUACUGAGUAGUAUUUAAUAAAUAUUUACGACUUGCCAAAACUUA